GUCUAUUUUUUAUUUUUACCUAAAUCUUUCUCUGAUACCUUCAUGUUAUUAACCUAUUCAUUUGUUACUUUUCCCUUAUAUUAACUACAGUAACGUCCGACACUGAGAUAAUGGAUUUAUCCGCUUCAAUGCCGGAUGUUACAUGUUCUUCUUUGUAACCUUGAUAAAUAAAUAAAGCUUAAACCAAACCAACCUCUCGACUUUCGUUCCAUUCAGCACUAUUACGACACCAUCUUUAGAAAGCAAAAGAAAUUAUGAGUUCUUAAACAACAUCUUCAUGUUGCGCAGCGUCCAGUAGUUAAGAAUGAUACAACGGUAGCAGCAUUUUCUUCGUAACUGUUAUUAUUGGAUAUGAGUCAUAAUGAGAUAAAUAGUUACCUGAAUAUUUUGGUGUACUGUCCCUUCACAUUAUCUAUUUUCGAAGCGUUAUCUAUAACAAAGAACUACGUAGAUGUUCUCAUACACAAAAUUCUUUCCCGAUGGUCUAUAGAAAAUGAUGAGUAAAAUUAUCUUAUUGCAUAUUAUUCUGAUGUUCCAGAGAAGGCAUUAGAAGAGAUAUCUUUAUUCUAACACUGUAGAAGAACGGAAAAAAAAGGAAGCUUUUUCUCUCCGAAAAAGUUUUCGUAGACUACGUAGACACUUGUCAAAUCUAAAGGAAAUAUUAUAACAUGGGGAGAAAAGGUCGUUAGUACUUUUUCUUAUUAAAAUACAAAAGUUAAAACUUCGUGAGUGUGGUUUUCUUAUGUAAGAAUCUUUUUCGCGUUGUAUUAACCUAGCUUUACCUUUGUUUAUUACCUGUCAUUGCGGUGAUGUACGAAGAAACAAAACAUUAUGUACUACGUGAAAAGUAUUCUCUUGACUAACAAUUAGGGUUAUACGAGAAAAAUGGUCACUCAUCUCACCCUCACCUUUCAAUUGCCUCUGUUCGUGUUACUGGCGCUCAACGGCUCCUAUGGACGUAUAUCUAGAUGAAAUAAGUUUUUACCGAGCCAAUGAAGACAAGUAAAAGAUGAGAACGAUUUUUUGGGUUUCAAUGGUGAAUUUUUACUAAAAACUGCCUAAUCUAUAAAAACAUCAUAUCCUGUGAAAGGUUUGACUUAUAAGCCCAAAAAUCGUACAGCGAGUAGGCAACAUCUAUCUUCAGCAAUUCUGAAAGUUUUAGACUCCUAACUGCUCAAGAUCGUGAGUUAUUAAUUAAUUAUUAUUAAUCACAUUUUAACUGGUUAACUCACAUUUAAUUGAACGUUACUUGCAGAUACUCUUGAAAAAUACUGAAGAAACAGUAAUCUAUUACUUGACCUACAGCCGGAUGAACGUGGAGGAGAACUUUCUGAACUUCGAAACUGAUUUGAUGCAAGUAAAACAAUUUAAAGUUGAAGCAGAAUCACAGCUUAAUACAUGUCACCAUAUUAUAGAACCAGAGAAGAAAAAUCAUCGAAAGUAACGCAGACAUAUCGUUCGAUGAUAAUUUUCCACAGUCAAUUCAAACAUUUGAAAUUCCAAAUGAUGAAACUUAUCGAUAUGACAUGAGUAUUUCUGGUUUCAUACUGUUGCCUUCCGCCGAUAAAAGGUAAGAUAUAAUGAUAAACUCUCGACGAUUAAAAUGUUAUAAAUCAUUGUCUUUUCAGUCGAAUAUUUGAUUUCAUUGAACAUGGAGAUUUUGAUGCUUUCAGAAAGGUUCUAGACGCCUACCAUGUGGAAGUGGUUCAGAUGAGAAAUGAUCGAAAUCAAGUAAGCUAUUUUAAUGCUAAAAAGUGCUUCUAAGAUUAUCUAUAAUAUAUCCAUCCAUGAAGCGGUGCUUGUAUAUAUCAGGUCAAAUGUAAGUUUUAUCGUAGCAGUAAACAGGAUUUUCCUAACUUGAAGUAUAUAGAAUCCUACAAAACGAAAGUAAACACUUUUAUUUCCUCCUUGAUAAUAGUACAGACGCUCGAUUCUACUUUUCUUUCAUGACAGGAAGUUGACUAGAUUAGAGUGGAAAUAAUGUAACACAAAUACAUUUCAGUUUACUGAAACAAAUUUGCAAAGGUCUAUAAAAGCUCCCAUCACCUAAAAGUUAUUUCUUUUAUCUCUACUUUUUCCACUUUGUUCUAGUCGGUGAUGUUGAUCUAGAAGCGCAUAUGAGUGAGUCUCUAGAGAAAUACAUAUACAAACCAAUUCAUCAUAACGAUGCCGAUUUCACACAAAGAUGAGCGUCUCCCUGUUUUCCUUCAAAAAAAGGAGAAAAAUAUAAAUUUUACCUAUUGCAUUGACAACAUCAUCUUUUUUUGUCAACAAAACAUAGAAUGCUCAAUCUCGAAAAAUGGCUAUUAAUGAUUAGCCAUCGUUUCUGAACGGAUAAAAAAGUUAGCAUGCCUUCACAUGGACUAAGAAAAUUCGUUAUGUACAUGCGUUUCAUUUUUUAAGCUAUGCGAAAGAUGCACAACGUUUUAUUUUAUUUUUGAAAAAGGAUUUUUAUGAUAUUUUCUCUGAGAACUGGUCGAAAAAGCGUUUAAAAAAAAUAGACCAGACAUUCUUUUUCGUUCAUUCGGUUUUGAGAGUCGAAUUCAGUUUCAUUCUAUUUACACAGAAUAGCCAUAAAUAAUGGUAUAAUAGAAUCAAAACACAAACUAAGGACCUGUGGCUCGACAGUGUACAUUAAACGACAUCUUAUCGACAUUUGUUUCUUUUUAAAGGUUUACUUGAGUACAGAAUGGGCGCUGUUUUAUAUUAGUAUUAAGUUUUACUUUUUCUAGCCAUUUAUUGACGUGUAGCCUGUCCGUUCAGAAACGAUGGCUCAUCAUAUGUUUUGUUGACAAAAAAGAUGAUGUUGUUAAUGCAAUAGGUAAAAUUUAUAUUUUUCUCCUUUUUUUGAAGAAAAAUAGGGAGGCAGUCAUCUUUGUGCGAAAUUGGCAUCAUAGUUUGUGUAUGUAUUUCUCUAGAGACUCGCUCAUACAGCACUGUGCAAAAUAUUGGAAGGGAGCUAACAUUUCGACCUAGGAGAGCAGAAGUACUGCUGAUAAACUCGAACAUUGCCAAUUUCCUCAAUUUAUAAAUCAAGAGGAUGCUCACAGAAAUUAUGAAAUUUAAAGUUGAGAAUUUACUCUUGGUGAUUUAUUCUGUAGACUCUUCUCCAUGUUGCUGUUAUUAAUUCAAUCGCAUAUGUGUGGAUACGCUUAUUAUUAAUGAGAGGGGCUGAUCCAUGUGCUCAAGACAAAGAUGGAUACACACCUGCUCAUUAUGCUGUCGAACGAGACGAUGUUGAAAUGCUGAAAGCUUUAACUGUCCGAUUUCAUAUUAAAAGCAAGGCUUUACCCCACAAUCAAAUAAAUAAAAUCCGUAGAAACUGUUAUCGAUCAUUAGUGAUAAGAGAAAAUUUUGGUGGUAUGAUUGCCUUUAUGUUGGCUUGUUUCAAAGAAGCAACUAAAUGUAUCGUGUAUAUUCAUCAAUUUAAAAUGGAUCACGUAAAUACACAAGACAUUUUUGGUGAUACUAGUCUUAUGUAUGCUGUGGCUCGAAAUAAUAAACAACUCACUGAAUAUUUAAUCUCAGAAUGUAAAGCUGAUGUAAAUGGUGGCAGUGUUACUCGUCCAAGCGCGUUGGAUAUCGCUAUACUUAAUAAUAAUCUGGAGAUCGAGCAAAUCUUACAGCAUAACAAUUGUUAUUCACAUUCUCAAAUUAAACGCACAAAAUAUCCAGACGAUUUAUGUUUAUAUAUCGAACGACUGUCGCUUGAGAAAAGGGACACUGAAAAGAAUUUUCAACCUAUCACGAAAAUAUUAGAACCAAGUGAUAUUGACAACAAUUGGAAACAAUUACUUGAACCUUCUCGCACAACAUCGGAAAAUAUGGUACAAGAGGACCAUGGUAAUGUCAUAAAUUCUUGUCAAAAAGACUUGGUCGAGUAUUCGGAAAAUUGUGAAGUUGCAGGGUCUCAUGAGAAUAAAGCUAAGAUAUUAAAUAAUAUUGGCUUAAUGCAUCAUAGAAAUGGCGAAUAUGGUAAAGCAUUAGAAUAUUAUUUACAGGCGUUAGGUCAAGCGCUAAAAACGUUACCUUUGAUUAAUUCUGAUCUAGCAAAUUAUCAUGGAAAUAUUGGUUUGAUCUAUGCUAUUCAAGCAAAUAAUAUAUCUGCUGAGAAACAUUUUAAAAAAGCUUUAGAAAUUAGACGCAUGAAUCUCGAAGCAAACCAAGGCGAAAUAGGAAGGCUGGAAAAAUUGAUUGAGAAAAUUAAAGAUAAGCAACAAUAA